CAUUAACAAAGGAACAGUAUUCUAAAGUAUUCUUACCAGGAAGCUUUACAGCAUGUGUGGGCUUGCAUUCUCUUAAGUUAAGUAAAGUCAAGUCGUGACGUAUUGUCAAGUAUGGUGACCCAUACUCGAAAUGGUGCUCUGCAUUUAGAAUCGAACCAGCAACCUUCAGGUUAUAAGCCUGACUCCCUAACCAUCAGGCCACGACUACCCCCAUUCUUCAUUUGCUCAUGCUGUGAAUUGAAGCUCUAACAUAACUUGUAGUGCAUAAAACUUUUAAAACAUUGAGGUCACACAGUCUAUCAGACAGACAGAAAGACUGAUUUGUCAUAAAAUGUAUAUUUUUGCCAAGCCCUAGAAUGUUAGCCAAUACAAAUGAAACAAUUAUGAUUGACAAGUAUAACAAAGUAGCAACGAUGAGCAACACAUUCCAAAGUGUCUUCACUUACUAAUAUUAUUACUUUUAAAUAGCAAACCGAAAGUCCCGUUGAUAGUCAAGCCUGGAAGCAUUUUGGCAACAGCCUUCAUCAGGUAUUCUGACAGCAUUGCAAAAUAAUCCAGUAGUUCGGGAUCUCUGUACAUAAGAAUCAGAUUUUGAGCAAGUGGGUUGUCAAGAGGCAGGACAGACACAUGAUGGGUUAAAAGGAAAUGAUCUGGAGGAGCACAGCGAUAACAUCACUAGCAGAGGUCUGACACUGAAUCUGUAGGAUGGCUCCCGCUGUUCUUCUCAUCGGCUGUCUGCUCGCCACAAUCAGCUGCUUAACCACAGCUCAAACUAUUACUCCAUCUGUACUGGAUACAGAUACUACAACUACCGCAUUAAUUACCUCCUAUUAUAAUAUUACAAUACCACCUACACCAGCACUGACUACAACUACAACACCAUCUACAGCAGCACCAACUACAACGACUACAACUACAACACCACCUACACCGACUACAACUACAACACCACCAGCACCGACUACAACUACAACACCACCUACAACGACUACAACUACAACACCAUCUACAGCAGCACCAACUACAACGACUACAACUACAACACCACCUACACCGACUACAACUACAACACCACCUACAACGACUACAACUACAACACCACCUACAACGACUACAACUACAACACCACCUACACCGACUACAACUACAACACCACCAGCACCGACUACAACUACAACACCACCUACGACUACAACUACAACACCACCUACGACUACAACUACAACUACAGCACCACCUACACCGACUACAACUACAACACCACCUACGACUACAACUACAACACCACCUACAACGACUACAACUACAACACCACCUACAACGACUACAACUACAACACCACCUACACCAGCACUGACUACAACUACAACACCACCUACACCGACUACAACUACAACACCACCUACACCGACUACAACUACAACACCACCUAGCACCGACUACAACUACAACACCACCUACACGACUACAACUACAACACCACCUACACCGACUACAACUACAACACCACCAGCACCGACUACAACUACAACACCACCUACAACGACUACAACUACAACACCACCUACAACGACUACAACUACAACACCACCUACACCGACUACAACUACAACACCACCUACAACGACUACAACUACAGCACCACCAGCACCGACUACAACUACAACACCACCUACACCGACUACAACUACAACACCACCUACAACGACUACAACUACAACACCACCUACACCGACUACAACUACAACACCACCAGCACCGACUACAACUACAACACCACCUACAACGACUACAACUACAACACCAUCUACAGCAGCACCAACUACAACGACUACAACUACAACUACAGUCCAUCCACCAACAUCAGUGACUAGCCAAACCAGUAAUGUGACUUCCGUCCUUGUAACCACACGACCUGGAGUGGCCAAUGCAACAAACACAACUACUCCAGCUCCUGUCCAUGGAAGUUGUGCGAAUCCACAUAUGUGCUGCUCUGGAUUGGAUAACAGCUGUCGCAGCUUGAAUUGUUUUUGUGAUGUUGCUUGUCUGAGAUUACGUGACUGCUGCCCUGACUUCAAACCCACCUGCCUCACAGUCAAUAACAGCACCAACAGCACUCAACCAAACAGCACUUUUCCACUGACAGGGACGUGUUCACAUCCGACUCUGUGCUGCAGUGGCAGAAACGACAGCUGUUUCAGAGGCUGUUUCUGUGACGAGGCCUGCAAACAGCUCAACGACUGCUGUCCCGACAUCAACAGCACCUGCAUUUUCAAUAGCACAACUGCAGCUCCACCCUUCAACUCCACUGCAGCUCCACCCAAAGUACUCACUAUUCUCGAGAUGAAGGUGAAGACGUUGUUCUCUGAAGAAGAGAGUCAGACUGAACUGCUUGAGGUUGGCACUUGGGUGGAGAGUUUCUUAAGAGCGAAUAAUACUGGCAUCUUCACUGUUAAAGUCACGAAAAUUAAACGGGUACCACCAUAGGACUGAGUCAGAAAUCAGCUGACAGGAACAUGAAUAAAUGCUCAUCACUGCUGAACUUCUACUGUUUUUGAUUAUAUAUGUUGGUGGUUCAACAAAAUGCAUGUGUCUGUGUAUGUGUGAAGCAAACUAUGAAAUGAAUGUGUAAGGAAAGCCCAGAUUUAUUAUCUGUUCUUAUGUAAUUCCUUGUUCCUUGUUUCAUUUUCGUGGAAGGGAAUCCACUGCUGCUGUUUUGGCAUUGUCUUCACUUUUUUGUUUUUCAGAUUUAUGUAUGAUGAUCGCACUGUAAUUAUAAGAAAGAAAAUGAAAGCAAGCAAAUGAUUAAAACUGUCAAUGUUGGGUUACGUGAUCAUCAGUGCUCGGUGUGUUUCCUGCUGCCGCUCCAUGACUUUGUUCAGUAGAUGUUGCAUGAAUACUGAGCAAUGGUUUCUGAAGGAAAUAUGGAAACCAAUGACCAGGUUUUGUCAGCAGCUUCAGAGUUUGGCCUCCACUGUCCAGAAACCCAUUCAGCUAUGAGAAGAAAGUCUUAUUUUAUACCAGACUGCUUCAUCAGGACCAGACACCAGUGUGAGACGGAUUGAUUUUUAAUCAGCUACGGUUUUAAUUAGUUCUGACUUUUUAGGACGUUUUCCCAGACUUAGAGAGCAUGUUUUUAUGGAAGCCCGUUUCUGCCACUGAAUAAAAAAUGAAAAAAGUAAUUGGGACUGACUUUUUAUCUAACAAUUCAGAUUUUUUUUUCUUGCAAUUCUGAAUUUACAUCUUGUGAUUCUGACUUUAAUUCUAAUAUAAACUCAUCAUUGUGAGUUAUAAAGUCAGACUAGCGGGAUACAGUUUUGCAAUUGUAAGAAAAAAAGUCAAAAUUGCAAGAUAAAACUCCAAUUCCGACUCUUUUUCUCACAAUUGUGAGUUUAAAUCUCGCAAUUGUUGCUUUUAAUGUAAUAUAAUCUCGCAAUUCUGAGAAAAAAGUCACAAUUGCGAGAUAUAUCUCACACAAUUGUGAGUUUAUAUCACGCAAUACUGACUUUAUAACUUGCACCUUCGAGUUUAUGGCCUGGUUUCACAGACGGGGCUUAGAUUUAGCCAGGAUUAGACUAUAAUUCAAUUAGGACAUUUAAGCAAUUUUUAUAAACAUGCUUAGAAAAAAACAUUACUGGUGUGCAUCUUGAGACAAAACAAAGGCACUGAUAUGUUUUAAGGUCAGUCGGUGCAAGUUUCUUUCAGUUGAAACAG